AAGCGUUAAGAGAACGAAAUUGGAUAUGUUGGCUUCGCAAUUUGAGAAUCUAAGGAUGGAAGAAGAGGAAACUGUGGCUGAUUUUAGUGCAAAGUUAUGUGACAUAUCUAAUGAAUCGUUUGUUCUUGGAAAGGUCUACAAGGACAAAAAGCUAGUGAAGAAGUUGAAGAGAUCAUUGCCUGCAAAAUUUGAGUCAAAGAUUUCUGCAGUUGAAGAAGCUCAUAAUCUAGAUGAGAUGGCUUUUGAUGAGUUUGUUGGGAUUCUUCAAGCUUUUGUGUUAAGCAAAGCAUAUGAAGCUAAAGGAAAGAUGAAGAAGGUGGAUGAAGUGAAGAAGGAAGUUGACAUUGGAGUUGCUCUUAAAGGAUCAUCAACUGAAGAUUCAAUGGCUAUGUUGUCAAGACAGUUUACUAAAUAUCUGAAACGAAAGGGAAAAGAGAGGAAGGAUAGAAUUGAUGAAGAGUUGAGAAGUUCAUCAAAGAAUGUGCAAUGUUUUGAAUGCAAAGGAUAUGGACAUGUUCGUUCGGAAUGCACCAAUCUACAAAAGCAUAAGAAGAAGGCCAUGAAUGUUGUCACUAGUGAUUCUGAAACUGAUUCAGAUAAAGAAGAAGAAGAUCUGAAGAAUUUUGUGGCUUUGACAACUUUCAAUUCUAGUUCAGAUAUAGAUUCUGCGUCAGUCUCUGAAUUAGUGUCUGCAACAGAGUCUGCAUCAGCAUCUGCAACAGGGUCUGCAUCAGCAUCUGCAACAGGACCUGCAAUUAAAAGUGAAAACGAUGAAUGUGAUAGUGAUGCAGAGAGUGUUGAUGAUGAAGAAUUUGCUGAGAAUUAUAGAGCCUUAUAUGAGCAUUGGCUUAAAAUGGUUGAAGAGAAUUCAGUGUUAACUAAGGAGAAACUCAAGUUAGAGGCUAAAGUCAUUGAAGUACAGAAAUAUGUUGUAGAAAAAGAAGAAGAAGCAUCACAAGCCAAAGUACAACUUGAAGAAACUCAAAAGAAUUUGAGGAUGCUUAAUAAUGGCACAAAGAAGUUGGAUCAUAUUCUGAAUAUUGGCAAGAUUGAUAAGUGUGGCCUUGGAUUUGAAGGAAAACUUUCAAAAUCGGAUCCAGUGUUUGUUUAUGGUGGAAAAAUCACGUCUGGAUCAGGAAGUGUGUCAGAAACUCCAACUAUGGCAGAGACUACAUCCGGUACAAGAACUACUACGAGAACUGGUACAGAGUCUGAUACAUGAAAAGUUAAAGAACUGCAGAGUGCACCUCGACGAGUUUUUCGACCUGUUUGCCAUCAUUGUGGUAUUGUUGGGCAUAUUAGGCCAAGGUGUUUCAGAUUGUUGAGGGAGAGAAAUCGAAUGGAGAAUGCUUAUGAUAAGAGAUUUCAUGGUCCUAC